UAUAAAAGGCAGAACUUAAUUACAAUCUCUCAAACACAAAACUUCAAAACAUAAAUCAAAGCUUAUAUAUUUCUCAGAUUGAGCAAACAAAAUACAAAAAAAUCAAAUGGAUGACAUAUCAGUGAGCAAAAGCAACUAUGGAAAUGUUGUUGUCCUCAACAUCAAAGCUCCGCCUGUUGCAGACACUUCUCUUCCUUCUUUUCCUCCCACAUCUCCGCCAUUGUUCUCUGUGCACUUCUUUCAAAAGCUUAUAGCGGAACUCGUGGGAACAUAUUACUUGAUAUUUGCCGGUUGUGCAGCUAUUGCCGUGAACGCUCAACACCACAAUGCAGUGACUCUUGUGGGCAUCGCAAUGGUUUGGGGUAUAGUGAUAAUGGUUCUUGUUUACACUCUAGGUCACACCUCUGCACAUUUCAAUCCCGCUGUCACAAUCGCUUUAGCGUCGACCCAGAGAUUCCCUCUGAAUCAAGUCCCCGCCUACAUAGCUGUUCAAGUCAUCGGAUCAACCUUGGCUUCUGCGACUCUGCGUCUUCUGUUUGACCUAAACAACGACGUGUGCAGCAAGAAACACGAUGUCUUCCUCGGGUCAUCUCCUUCUGGAACUGAUCUUCAAGCAUUCGUGAUGGAGUUCAUCAUCACCGGCUUCCUCAUGUUAGUCGUAUGCGCCGUCACAACCGCCAAGAGAACAACUGAUGAACUAGAGGGGUUAAUCAUUGGCGCAACUGUCACGUUGAAUGUUAUCUUUGCAGGAGAGGUAUCAGGAGCAUCGAUGAAUCCAGCAAGAAGCAUAGGGCCUGCACUUGUGUGGGGAUGUUACAAAGGGAUCUGGAUUUACUUGCUGGCUCCAACACUUGGAGCUGUCUCUGCGGCUCUGAUUUAUAAACUGUUACCGUCUACACAGAAAGCAGACGCUGACUUCUCCAAGACAGGAUCGUCUCAUAAACGAGUUACUGAUCUUCCAGUGUGAUGAUGCAGAUAAAACUUUUUAAGUCCAUUUCUCGUUAUUGUAUCUUCAAAUUUGUUCAGUCACCUCAUUGUAACUAAUCACUAAAUGGUUGUGUAGUCAAGCAUAUAUGUUCGAGAAAUGUAUAUAUAAACUUUAUAAAACACCGGUUUAAUUUUUCUCUCCUACUAAUAAGUAGUAUUAAGAAGAAGUUACAACGUACAAAAACAAAGAUGCCUGCAAAUAAAAAAAAACAAACCUUAAGUCAGUAAUUAAUAACUUUUAUAUCUCUUUGUCUCUGGCUCCUCUGGUGGUGGAGGAGGAUUCAUCGCAGGCAUAGGUGGCGGUUGCAUAUCAUCUUCAUCAUCUUCAUUUAACCCAUAAAACUUCAUCCGGCGAUACAGAGACAGAGACGCUCCGUGGUCGUGCCACGUGUCGGUCAACCCUCGGAUUAUGAAAUUGUAGGAGUGGUGGUUUGGUUCUUCCGUCGCGGAGAAGAGUAAAGAGGCAUAACUGAAGUCCUCAAGAUUGACGCUUGGGAAUCAGAAAAUUGGGUUUGACGACGGAGUUCAGCAACAUCUGGGUCUGAAUCUCUCGCAACUGGUUCACGGAGACGCAUUUUCGCAGCCGGCAAAGAAAGUCUCUGACAAGAUCGCGUCGUGCUUCCUCAAGUUGUCCGGGUUUGAGUAAAGGAAAUUGGCGGCGAAUGGAGAACGCUAGUUUCUCUGGUUUGAGCAUUUGCAAGCUCACAAGGGCCACG